AGGCGGAGAGGAUCAUGUCCGGGAACUGCGGCGUGGUGGCGAUCUGCGUCACCCAGCCGUUGUGGCCCUUCAGGGUGCCGCGCAGCGUCAUCUGCUCCGUCAUGGCGGCGGCGGGAGGAGGAGGAUGGCGGCGGAUUCGGCGGAGGCCCCGGCCCGGUCCCGCGCGGCCGCAGACGCCGGCGGCAAAGCCAAGGAGAGAAAGAGCAACGCAGCUUCCGGCGGAAGCGGAAAUAGCCUCCGACGGAAGGGAGGGCCUGUACGGCAAGGAGGCAACAUGGCCGCUCCCAGUGAAAAGGGAAAACAUGGCGGCGCUCAUAGGGCAGUGAGGCUAAUAUGGCAGCGUACGGAAAAAGGAGUGUGGAGCCGAACAGUAAAUAGCAAAAACCCAUCUUCCUUCACAGUCCUAGCCAUGAUGGCACCAAGACAAGCACCUCUCGGCUUCCAAGUGACUCAAGUAAUUUUACCCUCCUCCUUCUCCUCUUCCAAGUCAUCAAACCCUGCUUCAAUGUCCAUCUUCUUGAUUUACAGGGAGAGAGAAAUCCACAAAUACUCAAAGCCUGGCAGGGGAGAAGUCCACCAGCUGCUUUCUGAAGUAGCUGAGAACUCGCUUGCAGGGGCUCUGCCUUCAGCACAGCGAGCUGAGUAGGAUAGGGCGGGUGCGUCUCUGUUGCUUUUCUUUACCCUCGCCACUUCCGUUGUGGUCUCCAAACUUGCAACACUCCUGGUUUUCACCAGCCUCUACUUUUGAUUCCGUGAACAUCAGACAGCUUUUUUGGGUUUCGCAUCACUGACCCUUGCUGGCCCCCACUGCUGGCUACCCCCAGAUCUGAAAAGGAAGAGAAGGACAUCAGGCACUGUCCACACAUUGUGGAGUGUAGGAUGGGCAAGGAGGAGCAAUGCGUUUGGGGUACCCAGGCUUUCGUACCUCUCCGCAGACAGACAGCCACUUUUGAGAAGAGCAGGGGGAACAUCAGCCAGGCAGAGGGAGCUUCUGGAAGAGAUUUGCUCCCCCUACAAGUGAAAGCAUCGACCGGAGAUGCGCAUGUGUGGCAGGCAGGAUCCUGUUAAGGAUUUUCUGCGCUAAGACCUCGCUCCCCUGGUACGAAUCUUCCCAAGCCAAGUUCAACUCACGUGCUGCUUUCCUGAGAGCUGAGCUCCAGCAGACACUGAAACCUGGCUGAUUCUGUUCCCUCAGUAGUUUCUUCCAACGCUCAGGAAGAACCUCACAGAUGUGUUCAAGGUUCUUCCCCAGCGUGGAGUCUCUGAUGCUUAAUCAGAUGGGAACUUCGGCUGAAGCUUUUCCCGCAGCCAGGGCAUUUGUAAGGCCUCUCUCCGGUGUGGAUCCGCUGGGUUUUUCUCCCAGGUGGACUCGCUGGUGGGUGUGGAGCUGGGAGGCCUGCAGGAAACUGGCCCCGCAGUCGGCGCAUGCGUGGGGCCUGCCCCCGGCGUGCAGCUUCUGAUGACGCAGGAGGUGGGACCGCUGGAAAAAGCUCUUCCCGCAGUCCAAGCAGGGGUAAGGGCGUUCGCCCACGUGCAGCCGCCGGUGCCGAAUCAGGUGCGAACUCUGGAUGAAGCUCUUCCCACACUCCAGGCAUUCAUAGGGCCUCUCCCCUGUGUGCAGCCUCUGAUGGGAAAGCAGGUCUGAGCUCUGGAUGAAGCUCUUCCCGCACUCCAAGCAUUUGUAAGGCCUCUCCCCUGUGUGAGUCCGCUGGUGGGUCACGAGGUUCGAGCUCAGGUUGAAGCUUUUCCCGCACUCCUGGCACUGGGAUUUUCUGCUGGACUUCGCAUCCCUUCUCUUCUUUGCAUCCUUCCCCAGAAAUGAUGGCUUUAGGUGCUUUCUUCGGUGGUGGAUUUUCUAGCUGCCUCUUUAACCUCUCCUGAUGGCUCCAGUUGUUGCUGUGCUUAAGAUGCUGGGGAAAAUCCCCUCCAGAGAUCUUCAGCCACAUCUUCUUCAGUUUGGUGGGUUUGGAAAGCUCCUGCAGUGAGCUCGCCGUGUCCAUAUGGCCUGCCAGCUUGUAUUCAGCUGGGUGCUGGGACAGAAAACAGAGUCAAGCCUGGAGCAGGCUUCAUAUUGAUGCCUAAAUUAGUUGUAAGUGCCUGUGUGUGAGCUGGCGACUUAAGCUGCCUCUACAGCCCAUGGAAAUCUGUGUGGAAGGCAGACGUUGGUGUCUAGCGUCAUCCCGAGCCCCCUGGAGACCCUCAAGCGAUGGUGAAAUGGAGCCUGCAGUAGAGAGCUGAGUCCAGAAGGGACCCUUUGAUCCUUCUGGGUAGCACAGGCAGGUAAUUUGACUCAGACCAGGAACAAAUGCAACAACUUGGGGCAUACUUCAGUGAUAAACCCAGCCCCUAAGAGCAGUCCCUUGCUCCUUGCCUUCUGCUGCCUGUUUCAUUCCCAUGGUGCCUCCCUGAGCUGGAGACCCAUCACUAUCUGAUAUUUCCUCCUAAACCAGCCGAUGGUUCGCUUGUAAAACUGAGAAAAUGCUCUAUCGUGCAAUAGUUCGAAUGGAGAAAAGGUAAGGUGGGGGGGAAGGAUUAUUUAAGGAAAACAUGUCUGGAUGAGAAGCUGUCCUAGCUGCCUUGGUCAUGCCUGGAAAAGAAAAAGCAAGCCCAACCGUACACGCACACGUUCAAAGCAUGCGGUGGAGGUGGGAGAGUUAAGCACACGCUUGCAGCCUAUCAGCACUGAUGGGACAUUAUUAAUUAAACCAUGGGGGCAUCACCAAGGUGAUUAAUCUCCAGGAUUAUCAUCUCUGGAGAGCUUCUACCUUACAAGGAACCACAGCCCUUGGUGCUGGGAUCCAGCAGCUCUUUGCUAACCCAGGACCCUCUUUUCUAGGUUGGAUAUGUCCGAUCCUGGCCAGGGAUAGUUUUUUACGGUGCCGUUCAACAGAAGACGCCAGAAAAAACCAUCCCCAGAUAGGGACAUGGGGAAAUUUCUCCCGACCGGGAGGGAAGGGACAGGAACAGGGGUGGCUCUGGGCCUGGGGAGGGCUUUGCACUGCAAACAUGCUCUCAGGCCUCCCUCCAUCGCCCCCUUUUACCCUUUUCCAGGCGAGCGGAGGCUGUGAGAAGCGGGGGGGAGAAGGAAGACCCCCUCCAGGGAUCUCACCCCGCUCCUUCCUUCCGAGCCUUGCUCGUCCCUCGCGCCCUGCGGAGAUGGGCUUGCUGCUCCCUCUGCGAUUUUUCCCGGCCGCAGGGACAGGGUGGCAGAGCCCCCCCCAGCUCCCCAGCCCACCCUCGGCGUUACCUGCUGGCUGCAGGGACGGAGGGGACCGGGCGGUGGCCCGUUGUCCUCUCCGGCUGCUCGAGGACACCGAGGAGGCAGCAGUGCCGGCAGCUGGGGAGGGAGGGGGGGGCUGACCCAGGAAGGUAAACAGAGAAAGCCAGAGCCUUCCUCCUUCCCCUCCUCCUCCUCCUUCCACCCACCCUUCCCCAGCACUGGAGCCCGCUCCCGGCACCCUGCUCCCUUCCUUGCCCUAGGGCAGCUCCGGAUGGUCCCAUCCCGGUUGAUCCAAGGGAUGAUGCUCCGAGGCGGAUGCAUCCGCCCACCUCUUCCCGAGCCCCGGACCCAAAUAUUCCCCUCCGGCGGCGGAGGCUGGGCUUUGCGGGCGCCUUCCUCCAGCAGCCGCUGGAGACGCCGGCUGCGACUCGAGCACAAGCCGCUCUUUCGCUCCAAAUAAUUCGAGCGCAGCUUUUCGGCUCGGCUUUGCCGCGUUUUCGACCUCCCCGCCGCGUUUCAGCGCGGUUCUGGCUCCGAGGCUUUUCCCUGCCUGACUUUCCUUAGCCAAAACGCAGAUCCUCCCGUUGCAUCUUUGCGUUCAUCCUUUAACACAGCGAGACUUUUCCUCCCUAUCUGACUAUAAUUGCGUUCCCCUAUGCUGGGAAAAGAUCCAGUCUCAACCCUGUCUAAAUCCAGAUCUUUUUCCAUCCGGUUUUAGAUUUUCUGCAGGAUUUAGCCGCAGAGACAGGAAUAAACAAAUUGCAAGACGCCGCGUGCUUUAAAAUCCAGACGGGUAAAGAAAACUGCCUGGAAAAUAGACGUGAGUCAGCGAGUGCGAAUAGACUCCGCUGCAAAUAAUUCGGCGAGGCAGGCGCGGAGAUGAAAAGCCGUCCGCUGCGGGCGGUUCUUGCAGCCCCGCCAGGCCAGCGGCUCGAGUUUCGGGCCGGGCAUUCCUCGUCCCGUAAUUCGGGCGUCUCAAAUGGCAAAGGUUGAAGGCGCUUCAGCUUCCCGCGCCGGAGGAGCUGGGAUGCCCGGCUGCAGAGCUGCCGACGGGCGGGCGCCGUUCUUGUUCACGUGGCCUUAAUUCCUUAAUUUUUAAGCUUGUGGAGGGGCGGGGGGGAUGCAAGGCCAAGAGCAGUCUCACGGGGAACUCUCCGUGUGAAAUAAAGCAGCCCCGGUGAGGAUUUGAGGGCGAGAUAACGAGCUCAGGGCGUCUUUCACUGUAACUGAGCGUUGCUUUACGGAGAAAAAAAAAAAGAAAAAAAGAAAAUCAGCUAUGAAAAUGAGUCCUCCAGGGAGAUAGCUCUGGGGCCGCGUUUUAAUGAUUAAUUUACUCUGAGAAAUGGGAAAUAGAGGCAAAUAUUCUCCAAGCAACCGGUGGCAGAGGCGGCGCCUCCGGGGAGGUGCCCGCGUUGGACCUCCGCUUCUCUCCCCCUCCGGAGGAACCUGCUCUCCUGCCGUGACUAUAUAGGGAUCCUCCGAGACCGGCCUCCCUCCUCCCAAGCCUCCUUCCCCCUCGGCAUUUCAGCCGGCUAAAAUUAGGCGACGGGAAGGUGCCCGGGCUGCCAGGCGCCCCGGGGAGCUGCGGACCCCCCCCCCCCCCCCCCCGGGAGGGUGGCUCAGCGCCGCGGGCGCUGUCCGGUCCGGCUCGCACCGAUGGACACAGGGAAAAGGGACGCGGAUGUCGUGGGGGCAAAGACCAAGUUAGAUAAAUCUAUAACCGAUGUCGUUGCCGGAAUACGGCGAUCAGUAAAGAGCGGCGAGGGCAAAACGGGGUUUGGAGCUUUCCGCGGGGCGCCGAGAAGGUGCCGCUUAGGGCGCAAUUUUCUCCCCGUCUCUCUUUCAGGCGAGCGGGAUGCAAAAAUCAGGAAGUUAGCGGAAGAGCCUGAAAGCGACACAGAGCUUGGAGAACUCGCGGCGGAGAUUGAUAAUCUGACGGCAGAGCUGGAGGAACGCGAUAGAAAAAUCAGGAAACUUGCUUCAGACCUCGGAGACUGCGAUACCAAAAUCAAGGAACGUGAUAGAAAAAUUACCAAGCUCGCCGCAGAAAUACGAAGACUCAAUGCAGUGCUUGGGGACCGAGACUCGAGUCUUCGGAAGCUCACUACAGAGCUCACAAAGUGCAAUGCGACCAUCCGGUUAUUUACCGUGGAGCUGGGGGAGCGCCAUACAAAAAUAGGCGAACUUACAGCAGAAGUUGGGGACUUUGACAGAAAACUUCGGAAAUAUGCAGCAGAACUUGAGGAACGUGAUGCAAAAAUAAGGGAGCACGAAGCAGAGAUAAGGAGGCUUGGUGAGCUUCUGGAGGACCGGGAUUCAGAAAUCCGGAAACGGGAUGCCACAAUCGGAAAACUGACGGAAGAGCUCGAUGAAUCUUCAGAGGAGCUUGAGGAAUGUGAUCUAGAAAGCAAUGAAGCCAGUGAAGAACUCGGGGAACACGAUGGAAAAAUAGGUGAACUCACCGCAGAGCUCGGGGAACGUGAUGCCAAAAUCGAUGAACUCUCUGCAGCAAUUGAUGAGCGUGACAGAAAAAUUGAUGAACUCGCUGCAGAGCUUGAGGAAUACAAAGCAAAAAUAAGAAGAUGCAUUGAAGAACAUAGGAAAGGUGAUGGAAAACUGGCAAAUGUGACUCUGGACCCAGAGACCGCCCACCCUCGCCUCAUCCUGUCCAACGAUCAGAAAAGCGUGAGAUGGGAAUACCUGCUGCAGGAGCCACCCGACGGCCCCGAACGCUUCGACGCCAGUCCAUGCGUGCUGGGCUGCGAGGCGUUCGCCUCCGGCAGGCACUACUGGGAGGUGGACGUAGCGGAGGGGCUGUACUGCGCCGUCGGGGUCAGCAGAGAGUCUCUGCGGAGGAAGGGAGUCAUCGGCUUUAGUCCCGAGGAAGGGAUCUGGGCCGUGCAGCAAUGGGGAUUUAAGAACCGGGCCCUCACCUCCCCUCCAACUCUCCUUAACCUGCCACGAGUCCCCAAAAGGAUCCGUGUCUCUCUCGACUACGAGUGGGGAGAGGUGGCGUUUUUUGACGCUGAGAACAAAGUACCGAUCUUCACUUUUCCACCAGCUUCCUUUGCUGGAGAGCGAGUCCGGCCCUGGUUCUGGGUCGAGCUGGGCUCGCUCUCCCUCGUCCGAUGACUUUUGCAUUCCUCUUUGUGCCUCCGGUGGUGAGAAGGUGGCCCUGGAGGUAGGAGGAGUGGUGGCAGGAUCUUGCCCCAUCCAGUCUCUUUGACAAGAGGAUGUCUAAGAGCAGCCCUUGGAGACCAGAGGAGAAACACUCUCGGGUGGAGCAGAGGCUGAGACCUAGUCCUCCCCCUUCCCAGGCAAGAGCUCCAAGGUUAUCGAGCAGAAGAAAGGCAUCCGUUCCUGCACGUCCUUGUUCUGCCUCCAGAAUGGAGUGGUGUAAGGUCUGCCCAGUCGCAGCCCAGUGUCUCCUAUUUGCAGUUCACAGGCAGCAUAUAGGAACAUCAAAGGACCUUCAGCGAGACGUAGGCUCGCCAUUCAUUUGAAGGGGAGAGGUGGGCACAGUCCACAUUUUCGGCAUCAUCCAAGCAAAAGUCCAAGCUGCCAUCCAGCAUUUUCUUCUCACUUGCAUAUAGGGUGGUUACAGCACAGAUCGAGAUUUCUACCAUGGUGCCACUUUGAUAGGAGGCAGAGGAAAAUAAGCACUUUUGGUGUGCCGCUCAUCCUGUUGUGGACAUCAGGAAAAAAAAAUGGGUAAAUCGUGAUUUCCGUGUGCCUUUCUCUCUCCAUCAACUGUCAAGGCAGAAGUCUACACUCAGACGAGAUUAAGUCACAGCUUGCAUUACAAAUUCAGGUCCUUUGCCCUUGGACAGAGAAAGGAUUUGGCAAACCCAGUGUAACUGCAGAGCUCCCAAGUGCCUGCUCGAUGCUCUUAGCAUCAUGCUCCAAUGUUGCUGCAGUUUGCUCCCUAAAUGCUCAAGCUGUCGUGCUGCUGAUCGUGCCAUUGGUCCCGUAAUACUUAUAUCAGAGCUGGGCAUAGCCAGGUCCUCUGGCAGGACUAAUUUGACUCAGAUUUGGCCUGUGCAGAGGACGAUAGGGGUUACUCAGAGUCCGUGGGUUGCUGCUUAGCCCAGCUCUGUGCCUUGGGGGCUGCCUUUGGGAGAAGAGAUGAGCCUGGAUUUGGCACCAAGCCGGCACGAUGCUCACGGAUGAAAACUGGAGUGCCAGACACACAGUCUGCAGACAGCGCAAAGUUAAGGCCUGAAGAAGCUUAAGCCAGAACACAGCUCUGCAUUAUGCUGCCACAUUUCCAGUGAGGUACUGGGAGCCCAAAAACUAGAUUCAUGAUGUGGUCAAACCAGUGCUCAGGGUCAGUGUUGGAAGAUGGGCAAUUAGAAGACAUCAGCUAGAGUCGGGGAGGAACCUGUGGGCUUUACCUUUCCCUACAUCUCACUGGACUUUAGCAGCUACCAUUGAGUCACUUGUUAAUGUUUGCUUGUUCUUAGCUACCUGUAAAGCACUAAAUCUUGUCUUUCGCACCCCGUGUGAAGGCCAGCUGGUAGUUACCAGUGAACAAUAAACUAUCUGAGCCUCUCCAGAGAA